AUGUCGGCGGCCGCCCGGCUCCUGGACGACAUGUGCCACCUGACGGCUCAAUCGCUGACCAAAUUGGAGACGUCUGAGCACUUCCGGGUGGUCAAACUCUUGGGCGAGGGCUCGUACGGGAAGGUCAUGCUAGCCGUGCACCUCAUAAGUGGAAGCGCGAUGGCGCUGAAGUUCUUCCCCCGCGUGACCACUUGUCUGAGCUCCUUCCUGCGCGAGUACAACGUGGCUCUGCGCUUCUGCACUCACCCGUCGUUGAGUCGAGCGUUGGGCAUCGCCUACUUCACGCCGUCACAUUACGUCUUCGCUCAGCAGGCCGGACUCUUCGGUGACCUCUACGACUUCAUCGUACCCGAGGUCGGUCUCGAGGAGAGUCAGUGCCAGCGGGUGGUGUCCCAGCUGUGCGGCGCCUUGUCCCACCUCCACUCACUGGGUUUGGUCCACAGAGACGUCAAACCCGACAACGUCUUCCUGUGCGACGCUGCCUGCCAUUGGGUCAAGCUGGGAGACUUCGGGAUGGUGAAAGCCCGAGGAACCAAGGUCCCAGAAGUGUGGUACCGUUCUCCGUACUGCACCCCCGAAGCCGAGGUGGCUCGAGCAACCGUGGACAGUAAAGACGAUGAAAAGAAGAAGCGGCUCCAGCGAGUUUGGGUCAGCGUAGAACCCAGCGUGGACAGUUGGGCCUUGGGCAUUCUGACCUACGCAGUCUUGACGGGCGCCCACCCGUGGCCCAGCACGUCCUCGGACUGCAACGCUUACCUCAAGUACCUCCAGUGGUUCGACUCUGCCAAAAGCCCGCGGGACGAUCUAGACGUGUGGGCGGAACCGGACGACCCCCUGCCAGAGAAGGAGCGCCCCCCGGUGGCACCACAGUUCGCACUCUUCACCCCGCUAGCCCGGGCUUUCUUCCGCCUUCUGUUGGAUCCCGAUCCGCUGAUCAGGGGGCGACCCGAGGACGUGCCAGGGUACCUGGGGGGCGCCUGGCUGGCGGCCGGGGAAAGGCCACGCCCACUAGAGCAAAUAGAGAAAAGUCGAGGAAGUGGCGCGGUCAACCAGGUGAAGGAGAAAGAGGGACGAGGGCAAAGGUGA